AGCUCUUCCGUAAGGCUUUCGACUGUUCACACCAUUUCUUCAUUUGCUCCGGGCCCGAAAACAGACGGCGUAAUAUAAAAAUAUAUUAAAGAAAAAACAGAAAAAUAAUCGAUUGUAAAGUAAAGGGGGUAAAGCUUUCCAGCUAUCUUCAGAUGGGAACUUUCUACUUCUUGGGUUUACGACCUUUGUUCUCAUUCUCAAACUCUAUAAUUGUUUCUCUAUGAUUUUUUUGGGGGUUUUUUCUCUUCAGGGUUUUAGAAAUUUGCUAUCUUUGAUUCUUGAAACCCAAUUUGCUGCUUUGGUAAGAAGAUAAACAACAAGUCAUAGAGAGUGUCCCUUCAACAACACCGUUCUGUGUCGGCGCAGGGUCACUCUCUUCUGUCGGCAUUUGUCUACAUCUUCCGCUAUUUGGGUUUCAAUAUCUUAAUUCAAGUGCACUAUUUUCGAUCUGAUCUCACCAGCUGUAACUGUUUUGAACUGGCAAAGGUGGCUGUCAAAACCAACACCAAUGUCGAUAACUCUUCCAUCAGCGCUCGGAGGUGCUGCAGGAGGGUUGGCAUUUGCGGGAUUUGUUGCCUUUCUUAUAUGGUUUUUCUUUUGCCGUAAACAAACAAAAACUUCAGAGACAGGGUCUUCUGAUCCAUCAAUUCAAGCAGGACGAAAUGUUGGAGUGGAGUUGUCGUCGUCGACAUUGAGAGAAGCUAGAAAUUUUGAGUUGCAAGAGUUGUUGUCAGCUACCAAGAAUUUUAGCGAUCGAAGUUUGAUUGGGGAAGGGAAAUUCGGAGCUGUAUAUAAAGGUUUGUUAAAUGAUGGGAUGCUCGUCGCGAUUAAGAAGCGCGCAGGUGCUCCUAGUCAAGAAUUCAUCCAAGAGGUACAAUAUCUAUCGUCUAUUCGUCAUAGGAAUCUGGUGACACUUAUAGGUUACUGUCAGGAGAAUGAUGAACAAAUUCUUGUUUAUGAGUAUAUUCCUAAUGGAAGUGUAUCUGUACACUUGUAUGGUUUGAAUGAAGAGAUUACACAGGAGAGAAUAGAGUUUAAGAAGAGGCUUUCAAUAGCUCUUGGUGCUGCUAAAGGUUUGGCUCAUCUUCACUCGUUGAGUCCUCGUUUGUUACAUAAGGAUUUCAAGACAGCCAAUGUGCUUGUGGAUGAGAAUUUUGUUGCCAAAGUUGCUGAUUUUGGAAUUCGCAACUUUUUAGGAAGAGUUGUUGAUGUUGCUGGUCCGUCAACUGAAGUAGUGGCGGCACAGCAGAUAUUUCUUGCUCCAGAGGUGAGAGAGUUUGGGCUGUUUACUGAGAAGAGCGAUGUAUAUAGUUUUGGGAUAUUCUUGCUCGAGUUAGUGAGCGGUCGUGAAGCAUCGGGAUUGUUAUCGUCAGAUUUCAUCAGCCACAACCUGGUGGAAAAUCUUGAAGUUUCGGGUAAGAUUGGUGGUGGUGGUCCAGCAGAGGGAAUGGAGGAGCUGUUUGAAGUGAUGGUUCGUUGUGUUGAGAUAACAAGCGAUAGGCGGCCUAGCAUGGGCCGAGUGGUUACAGAACUGGAACGUAUACACGAGAAAGAAAUGAGCUUCACUACUCUAAUGGGAGGAGGAGGCGGUGAAGGUUCUACUCCUGUUGUUACUCUCGGAAGUCAACUUUUCAAGUCAUCAUCAUCAACCGCCAAGUAAUAAUGAAAUUCCCCAUUUGAUUGUGCAUCUUCUUCGUCAAGUCGAGUCUAUCUUCCGUUGUUCUUAGAAGUCGUCCAGCUGCUUGCUAAGUGUACAAAAGAACAGCUGCAUUGCAUUCCAUUUGAUUAUUAUUAAUGUUGUUAUUCUUUUGGUGUUGUAAACAUUAUUGUUUGGUUUCUCUUAAUGAAUGAAAGUGGG